AUGCUCCACUCCGCCGCCCCUUCAAACAAACGCAUCUUCGCGCCCACUGGCGGCUCCACCGACCCAGGCCACGCCGUCCAGUACAAAGCCGGCGCCCUCAACAUCUCCGACCUCGCCCCGACCCCCACCGCGCAAUUCCACGCCUGGUUCAAUGAAGCCCUCGCCGCAGGUGUCUACCAGCCCGAAACUGUGACCCUCGCGACCUGCAGCCUGCCCGACGGCAAGCCCUCGGCCCGCACGGUCUUCAUGAAGGAGCUCGACGACCGCGGCUUCGUGGUGUACACCAACAUGGGCACGAGUCGGAAAGCCGCCGACAUGGCGAGUAAUCCGCAGGCAGCGCUGACAUUCUGGUGGCGCGAGAUGGAAAGGCAGGUCCGGGUGGAGGGGCGAACCGAGCGGCUUACUUCCGAGGAGUCGCAGGUAUAUUACGACACUAGAAUCCGGGGAAGCAGGAUUGGGGCGUGGGCGAGUCCGCAGAGCCAGGUGCUGGAGGGGAGGGAGGAGUUGGAACGGAGGGUUGAGGAGGUGGAGAAGAGGUUUGAUGGCCAGGAAAAGAUUCCCGUGCCAGAGUUUUGGGGCGGCGUGAGGGUUGUGCCGGAGGUUGUGGAGUUUUGGCAGGGGAGAGAAAGUCGGCUGCAUGAUCGGUUGAGGUACAGGAGGGAGGGGGAGGAGUGGGUUGUGGAGAGGUUGAGUCCGUAG